CUUGCAACACCAGGUGACGGACAUGAGCGCCAACCUGACGACGCGGCUGGACGAGCUGCAGUCGCGCGGCGUGUCGCCGAGCCCGGCCGUCGCGUACUACGGCACCGAGCACCGCGGUCACGUAGAGACGAGUGUCGCGCUGUCCGAGAUCCGGUCGCAGCUGCACGAGCUGACCCGGUCGUUGGAGUCCUGCCAGUCGGAGGUGACCGAGGUGAAGCGCGACAUGGUGGCCAUCAAGAACGAACUGGACACGGUGCAGCAAGUCAAAGAAGAGAUCGAAGAGCUCAGGGAGUAUGUGGACAGGCUAGAGCUGCAGUCUCACCGCAGGAAGCUCAGGCUACUCGAACAGGGGCUUACGUUCUUUUUAUCCUAUACAAUCCUGGCAUCUAUGCUGGGAAUGCUUCAGUUCGGUUACAAUACUGGAGUAAUAAAUGCACCAGAAGGGAACAUCGAGAAGUUCAUCAAAGAUGUGUUUGAAGAUCGGUACAAAGAAAAUAUGGACCAUGGCCAAGCUGAGUUACUCUAUUCAUUCGCCGUGUCGAUUUUCGCUAUUGGCGGAAUGCUUGGUGGCUUCAGCGGUGGCAUUAUUGCCAACCGUUUUGGCAGGAAAGGAGGCUUACUGCUAAACAGUUUUGUUGGCAUUGGUGGCGCUUGCUUAAUGGGUCUCACCAAGUAUUUCAAUUCUUAUGAAGUACUAUUUGUUGGCCGAUUCAUUAUAGGAGUCAACUGUGGUUUAAAUACAUCGCUAGUGCCAAUGUAUAUAUCAGAAAUAGCACCGCUCAAUCUACGAGGUGGUCUCGGUACAGUCAAUCAGCUAGCCGUGACUACUGGACUGCUCAUAUCCCAGAUAUUGGGUAUAGAACAAAUUUUGGGUACAGACGAAGGCUGGCCUUUAUUAUUAGGAUUAGCUAUUUGCCCUGCCAUAUUACAAUUAAUUUUACUUCCGGUAUGUCCUGAAUCACCAAGGUAUCUGUUGAUAACCAAACAAUGGGAAGAAGAAGCAAGAAAAGCUUUGAGAAGGCUGCGUGCAACGAAUCAGAUCGAAGAAGAUAUUGAAGAAAUGCGCGCUGAAGAACGUGCUCAACAAUCCGAAGCUACGAUAUCUAUGAUGGAAUUAGUAUGUUCACCCACUUUAAGACAACCACUUAUUAUAAGUGUUGUCAUGCAGCUAUCACAACAACUGUCUGGCAUAAAUGCUGUAUUUUACUAUUCGACUAGCCUAUUUAUAACUGCUGGUUUAGCGGAAAAUGUAGCUAAAUUCGUAACGAUUGGGAUUGGUGUGAUUAUGGUAAAUAUGACCCUCGUGACUAUGCCACUGAUGGAUAAAACUGGUCGAAGGACAUUACAUCUUUAUGGUCUGGGUGGAAUGUUUAUAUUUUCAAUAUUCAUUACGAUAUCUUUGUUAAUCACAGAGUUUUUCGGUUUUGUGCAGGAAAUGAUUGACUGGAUGUCAUACUUGGCCGUCGUAUCCAUACUUGGAUUCGUUGUGUUCUUUGCUGUAGGCCCUGGUUCCAUACCAUGGAUGAUAACAGCUGAGCUAUUCAGUCAGGGUCCUCGGCCAGCGGCUAUGUCUAUCGCUGUCCUCAUCAAUUGGGUGGCUAAUUUCGCUGUUGGCAUAGGCUUCCAACCUUUAAAGACUGCAUUGGAUAAUUAUACAUUCCUACCAUUCAGCGUGUUACUGGCAAUUUUCUGGAUUUUUACUUAUAAAAAAGUGCCAGAAACUAAGAACAAAACGUUUGAAGAGAUAUUAGCUUUAUUCCGACAAAACGGCAGAGGAAGUGUCUUAGAAUCAAGUCGCUUAUACGGGAGUAUGUUAAACUAUUCAAACGCGUUAGACGAGCAUUUACCGCCCUCCGAAAGGGCAUCAUUAAUGGUGGCUGAGGAGAAACCUUUGCCAGACUCAUCACCAGUACAACACUCUCCGACGGACCCGGAGGUGUGUGCUGUAUGCGUCAACACUGGCAGUUCCCUCAUGAUGACGUCUCCGAACGUAACUCGCCGGUCGAGUCACACGCUCAGUAACCACGUUUGCCAAAUGGACUAGACCGUCACGUUAUUCUAAUAUUAUAUAAUAUAAUAAUAUUAUUAUUUUUU